GUCAUGCAUGAAAAUUUUGGGUCAAACCCUCUUUGGGAAAUCGUAUGGCGUGCCGGGAGUCGCGAGCGAAUGCCCGCAGAUUUCCUGUCCUCAAAUGGAAACAAGCGAGUGAGCCAAAAAUGAGCCGAAACCUUCGGCUGUAAAAAACCUCAAUCGUCCUCAAAACUUCCUUAAAAUGUACUCGUGCACAUACGCAUCCAAACACAUACACUUGCUAUAAUUCUCUCUUGCUUUGGGAAACGGCAUGGCAGACAACCAUAGAAAGCCUCACGCCAUCAUCAUUCCUUACCCUCUCCAAGGCCACGUCAACCCGUCGGUGCACCUGGCCAUCAAGCUCGCGUCGAGGGGCUUCGCCGUCACCUUCAUCAACACGCAAUCCAUCCACCACCAUACCGUCAAAGCCCUCGAUCAGAAACCGGACGGCGACGGCGACGGCAAUGGCUCCUAUGACAUCUUCGCCAACGUGCACAGAUCGGGGCUCGACAUACGGUACACCACCGUGUCAGACGGCUUGCCAGUGGGGUUCGACCGGUCGCUAAACCACGACCAGUUCAUGGCGUCGCUCCUGCACGUGUUCUCGGCACACGUGGAGGAGAUCGUGGGGAACAUCGUCGCAACACCCGGCGAGGGGGCCGACUUCUUGAUCGCUGACACGUUCUUCGUGUGGCCGUCCAAGGUGGCGGAGAAGUUCGGGCUGUUGUACGUGUCGUUCUGGACGGAACCAGCGCUGGUGUUCACGUUGUAUUAUCACAUGGAUCUCCUUCGGAUCAAUGGCCACUUCGCUUGCCAGGAUUGUCGUGAGGACCCGAUAGAUUACAUCCCAGGAGUGCCGCCCCUACAGCCAAAGGACAUGACGUCGUAUCUCCAGGAGAGCGACACGUCAUCUACCUGUCACCAGAUCAUCUUCAACGGCUUCCAGGACGUCAAGGCAGCGGAUUUCAUCCUCUGCAACACCGUCCAAGAGCUCGAGCCCGGCACCGUGGCGGCCCUGCAGGAGCAGAAGCCCUUCUACUCGAUCGGGCCCAUGUUCCCGGAGGGCUUCACCAGAAGCGACGUGGCCACAAGCCUGUGGCCCGAGUCAGACUGUUCACAGUGGCUCGACACCAAGCCCGGCUCGGUCCUGUACGUGUCGUUCGGGAGCUAUGCCCAUUUGUCGAGGCCGGACCUGGAGGAGAUUGCCCAUGGGCUCUUGCUCAGCAAGGUCGACUUCGUCUGGGUGCUCCGGACCGACAUCGUGAGCUCCGAAGACACCGAUCCGCUGCCUGAUGGAUUCAAGCAAGAGCUCGGCGACCGGGCAAUCAUAAUACCUUGGUGCAAUCAAAAUGCAGUGUUGAGCCACCCAGCAAUAGGCGGGUUCUUGACCCAUUGUGGGUGGAACUCAAUAUUGGAAAGCAUUUGGUCUGGGGUGCCAAUGCUGUGCUUCCCUCUGCUUACUGAUCAGUUCACCAAUAGGAAGCUCGUGGUCGGUGAUUGGAAAAUUGGAUUGAAUUUGAGUGAUCGGAACAAGACCACUCGAGAGGAAGUCGCCAACAAAACCUCCCAGCUUAUGAGCCAAGAUUCAGGGAGCAAAUUCAAGAACGCAGUCGGCGCACUGAAGACGAAGCUGGAGGAAGCAUUGAUGCCCGAUGGUUCAUCGACGAAAUAUCUCGAUCAGUUCAUCGUGGACAUAAAGGAUAGGAUUCAUCAAAAGGAGCACCUUUCCAAUGAUGCUUAGAUCGAUCAUGUAGUCACUGGCCCUUCUCGGUCCAGACAUACAUUUGUAAUGCUCAAAAUGUACACUUAGUGAAAAAGUGAUGGAUGGAGAAAAAAAAUACCUCUUGAAUAGUUUGAGCCUGACAGGGUCUUGCCAAAUUAAUGAGUCCGCGAGCUUCAAAACGCGAAACAUCGUGAAGAAACCAGAGCAGGAA